AUGCCAUUCAAUGAAAGUAAAUGGAGACUAGGACUGGGAAUUCUUGCCUGUCAUCUUAUUCAGCAUUUCACAGCAGAAAGAAACUCAUACAGGUUUCGAACAACACGGGGGCGAGUCAAUAAUGACGGCAUUUGAAUUUCUUUACUAUCUUGCUGAAAUACGGGCGCUCGCGCCACCCAUGUGCUUCCUGGUGUUUAAUCGCAGGAUCACAUCACACACAGGGGAACCGAAACGGUCAGCAGCAGCAGCAGCGCGUCCAGGAAGCGUCGCCGACAGAUAGAGAAAUGCAGCAGCAGUAUCCGCGACUCUCCGUCAGGUAGCCGCGAAACUAGUAGGUUCGCAGGCAGCUCGCGACGGUGUUUUAUUUAUUUCCCCGCCGUCGGCGCGAGCAGCUGCUGACGCGAUGCUUUAGCCAUGGACAGCAGGAUAAACGAGAAUCCUGCCAGAACUUUUGAUUUGGCCCUUCAGGUUGCCUGUCCAGCAUCCGAAAAUGAAGAUCCGACAGUGCUGUGGAAGUUCCCUCAGGACUUUGGAGACCAGGAGGUCCUGCAGACAGUGCCUAAGUUCUGCUUCCCAUUUGACGUUGAAAGAGUGUCCCAGUCUCAGGUGGGCCAGAACUUCACAUUUGUGCUCACAGACAUUGAUGGCAAGCAGAGGUUUGGUUUCUGUCGGCUGACCUCCGGCUGCAGGGUCUGCAUCUGUUUGCUCAGUUAUAUCCCAUGGUUUGAGAUUUAUUAUAAGAUGCUAAAUACCCUUGCAGACUACUUGUCAAAGAACCAGGAAGACGACUUGAGCGACAUGUUAGAAACCCUGUACACCUACCCCGUGCCAAAGCCGAAUACGCCAGUGAAUCUGAGUGUGAGCAACAACUUACAUUUUGCCAGUGGGCAAGUAGUGCAGGAUCCAGGAAGCAGACAGUCGCAUUCAUACUUCAUAGCUCCUGAUAUUAAUGGACUCCCCACCAUACCUGAAAAUAGAAAUUUAACCGAGUACUUUGUAGCAGUGGAUGUGAACAACAUGUUGCACCUCUACGCCAGCAUGCUGCAUGAGCGACGCAUCAUCAUUACCUCAAGCAAGCUUAGCACUUUAACUGCAUGCGUGCAUGGGUCCACUGCCAUGCUCUACCCUAUGCACUGGCAGCACAUCUUCAUUCCUGUGCUUCCUCCUCACCUGCUGGAUUACUGCUGUGCGCCCAUGCCAUAUAUGGUCGGAGUUCAUCUCAGCCUUUUAGAGAGAGUAAAGAGCAGAUCCCUGGAGGAUGUGGUCAUUCUGAACGUGGACACAAACACCCUAGAAAGCCCAACAGACGACCUGCACAACCUGCCCAGUGACGUGGUCUCCAAUCUGAAGAGUAAGCUGAAAAAGCAGUCAACUGCUACAGGCAGCGGGGUUGCUCGGGCCUUUCUGCAUGCUCAGGCUGCGCUGUUUGGCUCCUAUCGGGACGCCCUGAGAUAUAAACCAGGAGAGCCAAUCACCUUCUGCGAGAAGAGCUUCGUGGCACACCGCUCCAGCACCAUGAGAAGUUUCCUUGGGAUGGCCGUGAACCUGCAACUCUUCAAGCAGUUCAUUGAAGGCAGACUGGCCAAAUUAAACGCAGGAAGGGGCUUUACAGACGUCUAUGAAGAGGAGAUCACAGAGGGGCGCUUCUGUAGAAGUAAUUCGAGGUCUUAUCAGCAGUGGAUUCACACCAAGAUGCGGCAGAGGGCAAAACCGGUCGUGAAAAACUUUCAGAUGGCCAAAGAUCAUGCAAAACGGAAAAUACGUGACAUGAAGGACAAGAUUUCACAAAAGGAUGCUGAAGAGGAGGAAAGCCCGUACCGUGCAGGUUCUCCCACCAGCACUAAAAGCCUCUCACCCAGGAGACUUCAGAGGAAAGCGCGUCAAAAUCCAAAGUCGUCUCCACACAUGAGCCUGUGUUUUCCGGAGGGUUAUAACAACGACAACAAUUAUGACACAGCCAGCAGAAUAUCCUCUGAGGACAGCGGGGAAGUGGCAUCAUACAAUGAAGACAGUGAUGACUCUGAUUUGGAGUUUCAGUCUGAAGUUAGUCAGACGGGCCAGAUGAACCUGCUGGAGGAGAUUUUGGACUCUCUCAGUACAUCCCACAUUAAACAAGGGCGAAUGUCUGCCGCCAAGAGCCUGGACUUUUUCAGAUCAGUCGAAGACCUAGACAAUCCCACGGAAAAUUGCAAGUCCCAGCUGGGAAGUAGUUCUUCUCAGGUCGAUUGUGAAGUAGAAAAUGGAGAACAAGGCGGAUGGAAUAUGGGUCAAGACGACAGCGCCAUCAAUGGUAAACAUCUCCCACCUUCGCCUCGACGCCAAGCCAGCUCCCGUUCCCUUCCUGUCUGUGCUCCCAUUCCCAAUGAUCUCACCAAUGAAGAGAACCCGAGGAACUCUCUCCCUGAGACACCCAAAGUUCAACUCUUGGUACCUCUUGACAUGGACAAACCCAGCAGUUCCCAGCUGAGACCAGACAACCGACAACCAGCAAGCCGCAGCCUUUCCCGACAGAAGGUCCUUUCUAGAAGAAGAACCCAGAGGCCAUCCCAGGAACAUGCCCAGCAGACGGCAGCAAGUGGACAACCUUUGGUCCUUGUUCCGUGGGAGAGGAAAAAACAGCCCCAGGAGACAAAUAUGGAAGAAAGAGGGAAUGAGACUCGGGAGACAGGCUUACUGGAGGAGAUUGAUUCCAUGUGUCGCAUGAGCAUGGCCCUCAAAAGCAACCAGGAGUUCACACUCAUCAGAAACAACAGCAGCAUGGACAAAUCCUGAGAAAACGGCACAACACUCACGUCUAACCUUUCUCUUUUCACAGUCACGCCUUCCUCUGAUGCCACACCAGCACUCUUUGCAUGAAGUGUUUGCAAAGGUGUUUUGUAGUUAAUGUGAAUGUUCGGUCCACUUAUUUCUUACAUUCGGUCCAAAACAACAAACGGUAUCAUUCAGAACUGGUGGUUGGAAAGGACGAAAAUUUGAUUUAAAGGGAUUUAUGUCAGCAUUCAAGAUCCAGUUUAAUUUAUUUCAGCAGAUGAUUGCACUUGCGUGGUUUCAAAUCACUGUUUCGAUAAAUCACUGUGGAUGAGGGACAGAUAUCCCACGGUAUAUUUUACUAAAUCGUACGAAAGUAUUUAAAUAGCGAGCAAAUCUCAGCUUCAUAUAAUACCUUAAACAGAUUUAAUUUGCUUUUACACAGUAUUUCCCUAACUGUGCCACUAUAGCUGGCUAGCUUGCUAACUACUAUCACCAUCUUUUGUAUCCAACUCGUCUUAUAAAGAGAUAUUUAUCUAGGCUAGGAGAAACAACUGGUUCUCAAUUUGCUAUAUUUUUGAGGAAAAAAGGGUAUUUUUUCAACACAGUUCUCAGGUUUAUGCUUUUAAC